AUAUAUGAAAGUUUCUUAUGAGUUAGGUGAUUGUUGUUGCUAAAACGGUUGAUGUAUGAUUAACUAAGCAUAAAUCAGUAGCUACAAACUGAUUUGGAGUUCCUAGAGACGAAAUUUAGAAGACCACCAUUGAAGGACUUUGAGAAAAACUUGAAGAAAUCAUGAAAUGGGUAUAACAAUUUUUUGAUAUAAGAAAAGGGAAAGAAUUAAAAAGAAAUGAAUUAAUUAUAUAAUCUCCAAUGAGAGACUGCCACAUGGACUAUUUAAUUCAAUUUUAGUCAUUUUAUAUCUUUUUGUUGAACCCUUACGUGCCUACAAGAGGUGUAUUCACCUUCUUGGACAGGUCAGCGUUUAAGGGUCACAAAAUAUCGAAAAUAAAAUGUUCAGGGGGGUAAUAGGACCCCCGUGAAAUAUAAGUGUGUAGUUGAAAAUUGGUCAAUAGAUUAGGGAGGCAUUUGGCUAUUUUCUCUUUAUUUUUGGAUAUACUAGACCAUAUGCACUAUCCUUGUGGAAGUAAAAGUUGUCAUAUCAUAUUUGUUUUUAUUUUACUCCAUUACUCGACUAAUAUUCAAAUUGUUUCAUCUAUUUCUUCAAAUAAUGAUGUUGCAGAAGUUCUUUUUCAAUUUACUCUAAAUUCAAACUUUAAAUAGUUUUAACCAUAUCAAUUGGCCAUCUGAUAAUCACCACCUCCUGUUAGCAUAUGUAUAGUUGAAGCUCUGUGAAAGAGUGAGAAGUUGCUACUAACUUUGAGAAUCAUGUAUUUUACUAGAUUGGUUAUUUCAAGUAUACUAAUGCAGACUUGAGUGUAUUACGUUGUGUAAGAAUAUUUAAACUAACUAUUUUGGCGCUCUAAAAGGAAAAUGGUUAUAGUGAUACAACGACCACUACCUUUACCAUAAUAAUCAGGUUUUGAGAUCUGUGACUUUGUGCUAAAAUUUGCUUUACACUUCCUUGCAUCCGGUAUGAUUGCAUGAAAGCAGAUGAGCCACACAAUCACUUGUUAAGUGCCUCUGCUGGAAGUUGUGGAUACCUUACCAUACAACAAAACUAUUGAUUUUCUGAGGUUUCUCAUAGAACUCAACCAACUUACGGAUAUCAAGAAACUUGUAAAGCAAAGCGACAUAGAGAAGACCUUGCUUUGCAGUCUUUAAUGUGGAUUAAAUCCUAAACCUUUGACGUCCUCAUUUUUUAAAGAUAUAAACAGGGAGAUUUCACACACCGUUCAGAAAUAAUGGCUUCGUUUGGAUCUCUUAAGCAGGCUAUCUUUGACAGACAAACAAGAAAACAGCAAUACCAAGAUCACAUACGAGGCCUGAAUGCUUAUGAUCGCCACAAGAAAUUCCUCAAUGAUUAUGUUGGAUUUUAUGGAAGAGAGAGAUCCACACAAGAAAAGUUGCCUCUUAGAACAGAUCAGGAUACUCUUAAAGAAGGAUACCGAUUCAUACGAACUGAGGAAGAUGAUAUGAAUCCAUCUUGGGAGCAAAGGCUGGUGAAGCGCUACUAUGACAAGCUAUUCAAAGAAUAUUGUAUAGCUGAUAUGACACACUAUAAGAGUGGCAAGAUUGGUCUGAGAUGGAGGACCGAAAAGGAAGUGACAUCUGGUAAAGGGCAUUUUGUCUGUGGUAACAAACACUGCAAUGAGAGAGAUGGUCUAGCAAGUUACGAGGUGAAUUUUUCAUAUGUUGAAGCAGAAGAAAACAAACAAGCCCUGGUGAAAUUGGUAGCCUGUGAGAGAUGUGCAGAAAAGCUUCUUUAUAAAAAGAGGAAAGAGAAGGAUCAAUCUAAAGAAGACCUGAAAGAUAAGCAUCGAAGGAAAAGGGGAAGAUCUGUGAGUGAUGAUGAACAUAAGGAUGAUAAUUACGAACGAAGGAAAAUGGGAAGAUCUGUAAGUGAUGAUGAAAAUAAGGAUGAUAAUUACAAACCAAGGAAAAAUGAAAGAUCUGUAAGUGAUGAUGAUACUAAGGAUGAUAAUUACGAACGAAGGAAAGGAAGGAGUAGAGGGUCAAAGGGCCCAACUUCAUCUGAUAAUCCGGAUAAUGAGAAUAUGGAUGAGUAUCUGGAGGGAAUGUUUCCUUGACAGGAGGUUACUGAUGUUUUUGUAGAAAUUUUGAAGUUUUCAUUAAAUUUGUUUAGAUUGCAACUAGGUAUUUUUGUUUGGACAAUGGAGAGGAAAUUUGGUUGGAAAAGCUCGAGUAAGGUUGUAUUUUUGAAAGGCUAGACUGGUUAAGAAAUAUAUGAAGGAACGUGGAAACGCUGGAAGUGGGGAGCUCAAGUAUUCUAUUGGGUUGUCUGAUCAUCCAUUUAAAAUCAAGAAGUGUAGCAAGUGAUGUUUCUACUUAGUUUUCAACAGUUUUUUUGCUAAUAAGUAGCUCCUCGGAAUGUAAAUAUAUGAUCCAUGUACACUUAUGUUGGUUAUGAAGUUUACUCCUUUGACCUAAUGGAUGUCUCAUCUUCAAUAUUGUAGAUCAA